AUGGUACCUGAUCAGCGAGGACGCAUCCCCUCUCUUGAUGAAGAAACUCCAAUACCUCACCAGAGAAGACCUCGCGGGCAAACCGAGGCCUUCUCUACAAGCUUGAAAUGGCUCGACCCUACACUCCUCAUCCCACAACCCGACAACGACAUUUUCAUCACCUCCUGCAAGAAGCUCCUGAGCCUGAAGAAGAUUUCCGGCGAGCCCGGCACGGUGCUGAAGGGGGAGGAAGUCCUAUCACUCGCCGCACUGUGGAAGGAUACUCAUCUCGAGUUGCGCCCGACUUUGCUUCCUGCGCCGACGUAUUUGGCUUGUUUGGCGGUUGAGCAUGCGGGGUUCUAUCUGCACAAGGAUCAGUCGGGCGAUAUUGUCGAUACCAAGGCUCCCUUUUCUCUUCCCAAGGUCCACAAUGAUCUUCAGAGGACUCUGUAG